AUGAGUGCCGUCACUCUAUCCCUUAGCAUCCCAAUGCAGUCAGCCAGACAGGCUGAUAUCAGCAAAAGAGUGAUGGAGGCCGACCCCAUCCUCAAGGAAAAUGAGAUCUCUGUUGAUUACAAGACAGAUAACACCAUGUUGACUGUUGAUUUCGCUGCUUCCAGUGAUAGAAUCCUUCGUACAGUGGUGAACAGCACCAUUGAAUCGUUGAAGAGUGUGAUCGAGUGUUUUGAUGAGUUUGAUGAAUAA